GUGAAGUCCUCUCCACCUUGCGCAGGGUUGCGAGCCCAGGAUGCUGGGGGUCGUCCCAGCAUGGGAUCUGCAGGGUCCUCUGCGGAGAGGCCCUCUCCUUGAAGGCACCCCUCUCCCAGGGGCCAGGCUGAGUGUGGGGAUCUUGACCAGCAACAUGAGGGCCUGGAGUGUUCGCUGCAUAGGCUGUGAGCCCAGCUGGGCUUUGACUCUGCAGCGCACCAGGGCGAUGGCGUGGGGUUACUCCAGGGUCAAAGCUUCCUCCUACAGCAGGGGGUGGGGGUCGUGGCGCCCUCUCCACUACAGCUCAUGGCCCCCAGGAUCCCAGCUCCACUCCAUCCGGGGCCUGAGGGCAUGCAGAGCCAGUCCUGAUGGCGCCUCAAAUUCCCCUCAUUCCACCCCCUGGACUCUUGACCAGAUCCCUGGAUUCCACGGACCCCCAGAACCUCUUGACUCACAAAGAACCAAAACCACAAGAACCCCCAUAAAUACAGGCAGAUCUCCAGACACCCCCACCUAUGUAGGGAAUCCAGGGGUGGCGGGGCACAGGUCCAGGUCGUGGGGUGGGGCCAUUGCAGGGAUUGGCUGAGGCCUCGAUACUUUGUAGCUUCAUCGCAUUCGCUGCUGCCUGCCAGGAGGUGUUGGGGGAACACAAGCACACCAAGCAAGGAAGGCUGAGCUGGACCUGCGCCUAUUGAGAGAGUCCCAGGGGUAUCCAGGUAAAGGGGCCACCUACCCGACCAAGGAUGCAGAGCUUCCUGCAGCUGCUGAGGGGCAGCGGGGGCGCUGGCCCGCCCUUGGCGGAGCUGGUGACCCUCGCAGGCAGGCUGUGCCGGGACCUCCAGGACGACCCCGAGCAGGUGCAGCCUUUGGUCUCAGCCGUGCUGGACAGCCAGCUCCGCCUGUACCUCCUGGACCACGCGGACGUGGCCCUGGUAUGUGCCCGCGCGCUGGCCCAGCAGGAGCAGCACCAGGCCGCCUGCCGGCUGCUGGAGGGGUGCCGGGUGCCUGGGGGCAGCGCUGAGCUGGUGCGGCUCUGGAACGACAUCCACUACCAGCUGCUCAGGAAGAGGCUCGGUGUGGCUGAGCUAACACCGGUGCAGAAGUUCCGCUGCAGAAAGAGGAACCCCCCUCCCGCCUCCCUCUGCCCUGAGGGCCUCAAGAGCCGCAACUUCCCCAGAGAAGUUCGCCAGAAGCUGCAGGACUUUGCCUCGGGCGUGAGCACCAACCCCAGCAAGGCUGAGCGGGAGGACCUGGCCUUGGAGACGCGCUUGACCACCGAGCAGGUCUACAACUGGUUUGCCAAUUACCGGCGGCGCCAGAGGGCCCUUGCACAGCGCGGGGCGCCGGCACAGGAAGCAGCCAAGGACCCGAGGGCGAAGGAAGCGGGUUCCCAGCCUGCAGACCACCCCCACCUUGGCCUUGGGAGCUUGGACAGGCCUCAGGGCUCAGCACCACCUGAGGAAAGUGGGCCUGUCCAGACCCAGCAGACCCCUCAAGAGCCAUGGAAGCCGCUGGUCCUGAGCCCAGAUUUCUCCAGAGAGGAGGCUGUGCCAAUGUCACUGGCCCCCAGCGGCAGCCCCGCGAAUGCGGGCCAAGAGGAGGGCCCUGGCACCCACGGUGGCCAGGCAGGAGGGCAGCCAGAUGGCUUCCUGGUGACACAGCCCCCAUUGCAGGCGAGCGGCUUCCUGCUCACCCAGAGCCCCCCAGAGCUGGCCCUGGCCCCGCCUGCCUUCGCCGGCCCCCUGCCCACCGUGGAGCUGAGCCAGCCCCUGCCUUCCAGCCAGGUGCAGUGGCCCGACGCCCAGGCCUCCGAUGACACCUUCUGGGGAGCCAGGAUGCUCCUGGAGCUUUCAGGGGGCAGCCUGGGCUGAGCUGCCCUCUGGAGGCUGGCCGGUGCCCCAGGGGAGCAGGCGUGGACACCUGGCAGCACCCGUCACAGAGCUUGCUCCCUACUGAAGAAGGAUGUCCCCAGGGUCCCCCGGGGGUGUCGCCGAGAAGCACUGAGAACUGCUGGGCCCCCUGGCCUGUUGAAUGGUUUGGCGGGCAACUCCCCAUAUGGGAGGAAGCCUCUGAGAAAGGAGCCUGAGGUCGGAGGUCAGGGGUGGGGGGUCCUUGUGCUCAGGCAGCAGCAGUUCGCGGUCAGGCUCCCGGGCAGGCUGGGCAGUGGAGGCCGUGCUGCAGGGAGGAGGCUGCUGCUCUCCCUGCUGCCACCUGUCCUGUGACAAGGCCAGGCCUGUCUGUGGGCCUGGCGAGUGAGGAGUGGGUGGCCUUUGCCCUUUGUGUCUGAGGCUUCCGCACAGGCGCGCGGGCCUGGGGAGGGCCGGUCAAGGGCAGCUUCCCCUCUCGUUGGGAUGUGUGGUGUUUGCCGAGCAGAUGUUCUGACAGUUAAAGUAAAGGUUAAUGUUCUGAGCUCCCCUUGGCUCACGUCACUGUCCCGGACGCCUGCCCGUCUCGGGCCUGGCCAGCGUUUCGCGGCGGGGGUGCGCUGAGCCCGCAUCCCUGUGGCUGGACACUUGGACCCUUUCCAGCAUCUGUGCUGUAUGAGCAGCAGCGCGUGGGCACCAGUGCCCUCUGCCCUUCAUCUGGGUUGUUUUGCUGCAGGAACAAGGAGUUGCCUGGAGGUGGGAGCAAAGGUGCCGAGCGCACCGGUGCCGGGGCCCGGGGGCUGCGACUCCCCUUUGUGGG